GUACAAAACUGUUUGCUCGAAAUGGAAAUAGAUUCGGGAUCGGCUGUUUCUGUAAUCAGUGAAGCCAAUUGUAGGAGAUAUUUUAAAGGAAUCCCAAUGUGUAGCUCUAGUAGACAGCUUGUUGUUGUUGAUGGGGCUCGAUUGAAGAUUCUAGGGGAAAUUUAUGUUCAAGUAGAAUUGAAUGGCAGAGUAGCACAGCAAAAACUUGUCGUUUUAAAAUGCAGCAACAUUUUUGUUCCUUUGAUUGGAAGAUCAUGGCUUGACUGUUUCUUUCCUGGAUGGAGAUCUUGUUUCACGAAUACUGCUUUGGUGAAUAGUUUGAAUGAGAAAACAGGUAUUGAUGACAUAGUCGAAUGUAUGAAACAGAAGUACAGGAAAAUUUUUGACAAAGAUUUUUCAGAACCCAUCGUAGGCUACGAGGGCGAACUGGUCCUUAAACACGAGCAACCAAUUUUUAAAAAAGCAUAUACGGUACCUUACAAAUUGAAGGACAAACUGGCGCAACACUUGGAGAUGUUGGAACAGCAGAAGGACGACGAUCAUGGCACACCGAAAUCAAUUAAAACUGGCUCAUUCUCAGGUCCGAAGCUCGUUAGUGCUACUUCCGGAAGUCAAUCCGAGGAAACGCCGUCGGACAGAGUCAGGAGAUUUUCACGGCUAUACGGUAUCCGAGGCCGAAGAGGAGCCUUUCCUGGGUUUCCCAGAGGUGAUGAAUGAUCUGAACACAACCAGAACGAAACAACAGGAAACGAGCGAUAGCCUGAUCAUGACCAGGAGUCGCGCUCGAAAAGUUCGACGUAAAUUUGAGCAUUCUGAGUUUGAUGAUAAACAAGCGCGCAGCGCGUUCGAUUCUCAGUGAAUUUUAUGUGUAAAUAAUACAUUCGAAAAUGUAGUUAGUAAAUUUAAAAAGAAAAUUAGUUAAAGCUAUUCUCGGAUUAGAAUUUUGUCAUGUAUAUAGCAAGGUACUUGAGCAGGAAGGACUGUAGCGUACCGCAUACUUACCGGUGCUCCUAAUGCGCUCGGUAAAAUGAGCAAUCCCAUAAGCCGUUAUACGAAUUAACGAUGAAAUGUAUCGGAAGAUAAAUAAUAAAUUAGGGUCAUAACUAUUAGUGAUCUGGAAGCCAACACACGUAUAUUUAUUCUAUAAAUCUAUAUCAAACUCCGA